AUAUAUUAUUGACAGAAAUAAAAUCGGUUACGUAAGGUUCACACAUUACACAAAACAUGUCCGAUAUCUCCAAUGGAAAUAAACUCUCAUACUUUUCUCAAGAAAGAGUGAAAAACAAAAAACUUGGUUUAGAGAAAUGAGAGGUUUACCAAAUUUCUACCAUUCUUACACCUUCUUCUUCUUCUUCCUCUUAAUUCUGUUCCCUGCUUACUCUAUCUCUGCCAACACUUUGUCGGCUUCAGAAUCUCUAACUAUCUCAAGCAAUAACACCAUUGUGUCUCCUGGUAAUGUCUUCGAGCUUGGUUUCUUCAAACCCGGUUUAGAUUCUCGUUGGUAUCUUGGAAUUUGGUACAAGGCAAUCUCUAAGAGAACCUACGUAUGGGUUGCAAACAGAGACACUCCUCUCUCUAGUUCCAUCGGAACUCUCAAAAUCUCCGACAGUAAUCUUGUCGUUUUGGAUCAGUCCGAUACACCGGUUUGGUCGACGAAUCUGACCGGAGGAGAUGUGAGAUCUCCAUUGGUGGCAGAGCUUCUUGAUAAUGGUAAUUUUGUGCUCAGAGACUCCAAGAACAGCGCUCCAGAUGGAGUUUUGUGGCAGAGUUUUGAUUUUCCGACAGAUACUUUACUUCCGGAGAUGAAACUUGGCUGGGAUGCCAAAACCGGGUUCAACAGAUUCAUUAGAUCAUGGAAAUCUCCAGAUGAUCCAUCAAGUGGAGAUUUCUCGUUCAAACUCGAAACCGAAGGCUUCCCUGAGAUUUUUCUAUGGAACAGAGAAUCACGAAUGUACCGGAGUGGUCCAUGGAAUGGAAUCCGGUUUAGUGGUGUACCGGAGAUGCAACCAUUUGAAUACAUGGUUUUCAAUUUCACUACGAGUAAAGAAGAAGUGACUUACUCAUUUAGAAUCACUAAAAGCGACGUUUACUCGAGAUUAAGCAUAAGCUCCUCAGGAUUGUUACAAAGAUUCACUUGGAUUGAGACAGCACAGAAUUGGAACCAAUUCUGGUACGCACCAAAAGACCAAUGUGAUGAGUACAAAGAGUGUGGUGUUUACGGUUAUUGCGACUCGAACACUUCACCUGUUUGUAAUUGUAUUAAAGGGUUUAAGCCGAGGAAUCCUCAAGUGUGGGGAUUGAGAGACGGGUCGGAUGGUUGCGUGAGGAAGACGCUACUGAGCUGUGGUGGCGGAGAUGGGUUUGUGCGGUUGAAGAAAAUGAAAUUGCCGGAUACUACCACGGCUAGUGUGGACAGAGGAAUUGGUGUGAAAGAAUGUGAACAGAAGUGUUUAAGAGAUUGUAAUUGCACGGCGUUUGCGAAUACGGAUAUCCGGGGUAGCGGGUCGGGUUGUGUGACUUGGACCGGAGAGCUUUUUGAUAUCAGGAAUUAUGCCAAAGGUGGUCAAGAUCUUUACGUUAGAUUGGCUGCUACUGAUCUCGAGGACAAAAGAAACAGAAGUGCAAAAAUCAUAGGUUCGAGUAUUGGAGUGAGCGUUUUGCUUCUUUUAAGUUUCAUUAUCUUCUUCUUGUGGAAAAGGAAGCAGAAGCGAUCAAUACUAAUCGAAACACCUAUUGUUGAUCAUCAACUGAGAAGCCGAGAUUUGCUAAUGAACGAAGUUGUAAUAUCAAGUAGGAGACACAUAUCUAGAGAAAACAAUACAGACGAUCUCGAAUUGCCAUUGAUGGAGUUUGAAGAAGUUGCCAUGGCCACAAACAAUUUUUCUAACGCCAACAAGCUAGGACAAGGUGGUUUUGGUAUAGUUUAUAAGGGAAAGUUACUUGAUGGUCAAGAAAUGGCAGUGAAGAGACUAUCAAAGACAUCAGUUCAGGGGACUGAUGAGUUCAAGAAUGAGGUAAAGUUGAUUGCAAGGCUUCAGCACAUAAACCUUGUUAGGCUUCUUGCAUGUUGCGUCGAUGCGGGUGAGAAGAUGUUGAUUUACGAGUACUUGGAAAAUCUAAGCCUCGACUCUCAUCUAUUUGGUUAGUGUCUCAACUCCUUACAACUCUGUUCUAACAAUUUUUCAAUGUCUUUAAAAAUAAUGUACUCAAUCCAGUGAUGAUUCAUUAGCAGACAAAUCCCGAAACUCUAAGCUAAAUUGGCAAAUGAGAUUUGAUAUCAUCAAUGGUAUUGCUCGAGGACUUCUAUAUCUUCACCAAGAUUCACGGUUUAGAAUUAUCCAUAGAGACUUGAAAGCAAGUAACAUCUUGCUUGAUAAAUAUAUGACUCCAAAGAUCUCGGAUUUCGGAAUGGCUAGGAUCUUUGGACGGGAUGAGACAGAAGCUAAUACGAGGAAGGUGGUUGGAACCUACGGUUAUAUGUCUCCUGAAUAUGCAAUGGACGGGAUAUUCUCGAUGAAGUCAGAUGUUUUCAGUUUUGGGGUCUUGCUUCUUGAGAUUAUAAGUAGCAAGAGGAACAAAGGAUUCUACAAUUCGGACCGUGACCUUAACCUUCUCGGUUGUGUGUGGAGGAAUUGGAAAGAAGGAAAAGGGCUAGAGAUCAUAGAUCCAAUCAUCACAGAUUCUUCAUCAACAUUCAGGCAACAUGAAAUCUUAAGAUGCAUACAAAUUGGCCUCUUGUGUGUUCAAGAACGUGCAGAGGACAGACCAACUAUGUCCUUGGUAAUUUUGAUGCUCGGAAGCGAAUCAACAACUAUUCCUCAACCUAAAGCGCCCGGUUAUUGCCUGGAGAGAAGUCUUCUUGACACUGAUUCUUCGUCGAGUAAACAGCGCGACGAUGAAUCAUGGACAGUGAACCAAAUUACUGUCUCGGUCCUUGAUGCUCGGUAAUGUGACUGUCAACUAGCCAAUCUUCUAUACUAAGAUGACUAAAUUGAGCGACAAUAAGAAUCAACUAGGAAAGAUGGUAUUAGUUAUGUGCAUAGUAUUUUCUCUGUACGUCUCCGUUGCAAAGGUUACUACAUGAUUCAAUUGUCUUAAUUAAGCAUGUAUUCUGUAAUUGCUUUAUGGAUAACCCAAAUAGUCCUGCAGUUAUAGGACAUCAAUGUGAUAUUUUGAAAGAUUCUCAGACUUUCAUAUUAUAAAUUAUGGCUACUAGAAGAGGCAAAUAUUGUUGGUUAGUAGAAUUUCGGGUUGUACGUUUUGAGAUUAGGUUUGUACAUGUUGUAAUAGAUUUUUUUUUUAAUAAGUACAUACGUUAUAAGAAUUUUUUAUGAUCAGCA